GCUGCAGGACAACAGGUGGUGUUGUUAUUGUCAGACUGAAGGAACAUAUCCGUCCCACACAAAGAGAUCUUUCAGAAAGCAGCAGAGAGACGAUGAACCUGAGGAGCGCCGCCUCCUAACGCCAGCGGAGACAUCAUGGACGAGGAAACACGUCACGCAGUGGACGAGACAGAGACCCCGGCUCUGUACCCGCCUCCCCCGACCCCUGGCCCGGGCAGCCCGCUCACUCACCUGGGGGUGCUGCUGGCCGGACACGACGCUCCGGGGACCGGCGGAUGGGACAGGAGGCUGGAGCUGGGGUUUCAGUGUCAGUUACUGGGAGCAUCAAGGGAACCAGGAAGAGAAGCUCACGCGGACCAGAGCGUCACCAUCCUGCACGCCAAGGUCGCUCAGAAGUCCUACGGCAACGAGAAGAGGUUCUUCUGCCCUCCUCCUUGUGUUUACAUCAGCGGUGAUGGAUGGAGGGUCAUGCAGGACCAUCUGAAAGCGGCCGGCGGCGGUGGAGACCUGGUGACCCGGCUCUGUGGUUACAUGUGUCUGGACAGCUCGGCUCAGUCUCAGGCCGACUCCUUCAAACUGGCCUUCGACGAGCAGCCAGACUCCAGGAUGUUUGCGUCGGCCAAGUCCCUGUUCAUCUCUGAUCAGGACAAGAGGAAACAUUUCUGCCUGAUGCUGAGGCUCUUCUUGGGCAACAGACAGGAAGUGGGUUCGUUCCAGAGCCGGAUGAUCAAAGUCAUCUCCAAACCGUCCCAGAAGAGACAGUCCAUGAAGAACGCCGACCUGUGUAUCUCCUCGUGCUCCAGAGUAGCGUUGUUCAACCGUCUCCGCUCUCAGACGGUCAGCACUCGUUACCUGUCGGUGGACAGAGGAGCCUUCAUCGCCAGCGCCAGACAGUGGACCGCCUUCACCAUCACACUGGUGGAGGACCAGUGUUCUGACCAAGGAGACUUUGUGCUAAGCGAAGGCUUCAUCUGUUACGGCUGUGUGGUCCAGUUAGUGUGCACCGAGUCUGGAGCCGCUCUGCCUCUCCAGGUGAUCCGUAAGGUCAACAAGCAGCAGGCCAUCCUAGACGUGGACGAGCCGGUCUCUCAGCUCCAUAAGUGUUCCUUCCAGUUCAGAGACGACCCCACCACAUACCUGUGUCUGUCCAACGACACCAUCAUCCGGUACCAGGCCCCCUCCAGCACCAGAGACCCCAGCAGGGUGGUGCUGAACGACGGGUCCUGCUGGACCAUCAUCGGAGUGGAAGCAGUGGAGUUCACCUUCAAUCAGGGUCCGGCCUGCAUCCAGAACCCGGUUACUCCUUUUCCUGUUAUCACAGGGUUAGAGGUGAACGGUGGAGGACACGUUGCCACUCUGGAGGUCAACGGAGAAAACCUCAGCCCUCAUCUCAAGGUGUGGUUUGGAAACAGCGAGGCAGAGACCAUGUUCAGGUCUCAGAAGUCUCUGCUCUGCGUUGUUCCUGACGUCUCGAUGUUCAGUGGCGGCCGGCGCUGCCUGAGACGCAUCGUCACCGUCCCUUUGUGUCUGAUACGAUCCGACGGCCUGAUCUACAGAACCGCCUUCACCUUCACCUUCACCCCCGAGCUCCAGCCGCCGCCGUGCAUCCGAGGAGCAGCGGGAGGAGGGAGGAGAGAGGGGGGGAUGGAGGGAGGCCAGCAGGACGACGUCCUGUUGGAGACCAUCCACCAGGAAUUCACCAGAGCCAACUUCCACCUCUUCAUGCAGAGUUAGCUCUCCUGUCCUCAGGUGAACGUCAGGAGCAAAGUCUGAUCAUCAGCAGGGAACUCUUUGGUUUGGAUCCAUGCUGCUCCAGAUCUUGACCUGAUAUUUAUCAUA